AUGACUCUAAUUUCCUCAAUUUCUAGAAUUGGUUCAAUUCAUAAUGGUAAUUCUUUAAACAAAACAAUCUCUGUAAAUUCAAAUAAUGAAACCAAGGGAAUUACUUCUUCAUUUGGUGGUAAUCAAUCAACAAAUUUAAUCAAUGCUGAUAUAAUGGCUAAUUUAUUAGGUAUUCUUGGAAUUCAUAUUAAAGCUAAAGUUCUCUAA